AUGAUAGCCUGGAUCAACCCCUUCACGCGCCAUGACCGGCAGGAAUUCCUCGGCGUCGUGAUUCCCCUAUCACAAGCGACUCGCUUCCAACACCUGAACCCCGUUACCUCCAACUCGGAAACCUCCCACAAUAUACCAAAGGACGUCGAAGACAAGGAUACAGACAAGCUUGAUCGCAUCGGGUCUGAAGAAAAUGGCGCUGCCUCAAACCCGGAGUAUAGCCACCAGACCAUUGAAGCCAUUCGCGCUGAGGUCGAGUCUGAAAUUUCGACGUCCGGACAUGAUACUGCUUAUGACCGAAAGGCUAAAGUUAUUAACUUGGCUAUUCAGGAUAUUGGAAUGGGCCGCUAUCAGUGGCAGCUAUUCAUUCUGUGUGGAUUUGGCUGGUUCGCGGACAAUCUCUGGCUUCAGGGCAUUGCAUUGACCUUGAAUCAAGUGUCUCAAGAAUUCGGCAUCUCCGACACCCAUGUACGCUUUACGACAGCUGCUUUGUUCAUCGGUCUAUGUCUCGGCGCUUCCUUUUGGGGCAUCGCUUCUGACGUCGUCGGACGCCGCUUCGCCUUCAACAUGACUCUUUUCAUCUGCGGUAUCUUUGGUAUCUUCAUUGCAGCAAGUCCUACUUGGAUUGGUGUCUGUGGUCUGGCCGCCGCGAUGGGUCUUGGCGUUGGUGGAAAUCUGCCCGUUGAUGGUGCUCUCUUCCUCGAGUUUCUACCUUUCGAGUCCGGUAAUCUGCUCACAUUGCUGAGUGUUUGGUGGCCUGUAGGACAAUUGGUGGGAAGUCUCAUUGCAUGGGGAUUCAUCCCUAAUUACAGCUGCGAGGCUGGUCUGCCAGCUUGUUCGGCCGUAGCUGCUGGAGAAGCCUGCUGUCGUAGAGAAGACAACAUGGGCUGGCGAUACUUGUGUCUCACCUUGGGAGCUAUCACGUUGGCCAUGUUUGUUUGCCGCUUUUUCUUGUUCCAUCUUUACGAAUCUCCCAAGUUUUUGCUUUCUCGUGGCCGUCAGGAGGAGGCCGUAAGAACAGUUCAUGCUAUUGCUUACAAGAACAAGGCCAAGACAUGGCUUACCGUCGACAUCCUCAACGAGAUUGGAGGCCACCCAGGCGACGGCGAUGACGCAAAACUCACCCGUUUCGAGAUCAUCAAACGUUCUCUCUCGAAGUUUUCUGCCGAGCGCCUAUAUCCCCUGUUCCAUACCAAGAGACUAGGCAUCACUACUGUACUUCUCUGGUUCUGCUGGGCUACUAUCGGAAUGGGAUACCCUCUCUUCAACGCUUUCUUGCCACAAUACCUUGCUCACGCAGGAUCUGGCACUGUCACGCCAAUUAACAUCACAUACCGAAACUAUGCCAUCACCUCGAUUGUUGGUGUUCCCGGCUCAAUCAUCGGCUGCUAUACCGUCAAUAUCAAAUACAUUGGUCGCAAGGGCACCAUGGCAAUCGCAACUAUGUUUACUGGUAUCAUCCUAUUCUGCUUCACGGUCUCCAACGACUCCAACAUCCAACUACUCUGUAGCUCUUUGGAAUCUUUCUUCCAGAAUAUCAUGUACGGCGUCCUAUACGCAUACACACCCGAGGUCUUUCCCGCACCGAACCGUGGAUCCGGAACCGGUAUCGCCAGUUUCUUCAACAGGUUGUGUGGUGUCAUGGCUCCGAUUGUGGCGAUUUAUGGUGCGAAGAAUAAUGCAAGUGCCCCUGUUUAUGCUUCGGGAGGUCUGAUUUUGGCGGCUUUUGGUGCAAUGGUGUUUUUGCCUAUUGAGACGAGGGGGAAGCAGACCUUAUAA